CCGUGUCCCUUGCAUCGGCAGGCGGACUCUCAACCGCUGCGCCACCAGGGAAGCCUGUGUGAUCCUUUUAAUGUGUUGUUGGAUUCUGUUUGCUUGUAAUUUGUUGAGGAUUUUUGCACCUGUAUUCAUCAGUGAUAAUUGGUCUGUAAUUUUCCUUUUUAGUAGUAUCUUUGUCUGGUUUUGGUAUCAGGGAGAUGGUGGCCUCAUAGAAUGAGUUUGGGAGUGUUCCGUCCUCUGCAAUUUUUUGGAAGAGUUUGAGAAGGAUGGGUGUUAGCUCUUCUCUAAAUGUUUGAUAGAAUUUGCCUGUGAAGCUAUCUGGUCCUGGACUUUUGUUUGUUGGAAGAUUUUAAAUCACAAUUUCAAUUUCAGUGCUUGUUACUGGUCUGUUCAUAUUUUCUACUUCUUCCUGGUUCAGACUUGGAAGGUUAUACCUUUCUAAGAAUUUGUCCAUUUCUUCCAGAUUGUCCAUUUUAUUGGCAUAGAGUUGCUUGUAGUAGUCUCUUAGGAUGCUUUGUAUUUCUGCGGUAUCUGUGGUAACUUCUUCUUUUCCAUUUCUAAUUUUAUUGAUUUGAGUCCUUUCCCUCUUUUUCUUGAUGAGUCUGGCUAGUGGUUUAUCAAUUUUGUUUAUCUUCUCAAAAGAACCAGCUUUUAGUUUUAUUGAUCUUUGCUAUUGUCUUCUUUAUUUCAUUUAUUUCUGCUCUGAUCUUUAUGAUUUCUUUCCUUCUAACUUUGGGUUUUGUUUCUUCUUCUUUCUCUAGUUCCUUUAGGCAUAAGGUUAGAUUGUUUAUUUGAGAUUUUUCUUGUUUCUUGAGGUAGGCUUGUAUUGCUGACAACUUCCCUCUUAGAACGGCUUUUGCUGCAUCCCAUAGGUUUUGGAUUGUCGUGUUUUCAUUGUAAUCUGUGUCUAGGUGUUUUUUGAUUUCCUCUUUGAUUUAUUCAGUGAUCUCUUGGUUAUAUAGUAGGCUAUUGUUUAGCCUCCAUGUGUUAGUGUUUUUUACAUUUUUUUCCCCGUUAUUGAUUUCUAAUCUCAUAGUAUUGUGGUCGGAAAAGAUACUUGAUAUGAUUUCAGUUUUCUUAAAUUUACCGAGGCUUGAUUUGUGACCCAAGCUGUGAUCUCUCCUGGAGAAUGUUCCGUGUGCGCUUGAGAAGAAAGUGUAAUCUGCUGUUUUCAGAUGGAAUGUCCUAUAAAUAUCAAUUAAAUCUCUCUGGUCUGUUGUGUCAUUUAAAGCUUCUGUUUCCGUAUUUAUUUUCAUUUUGGAUGAUUUGUCUGUUGGUGUAAGUGAGGUGUUAAAGUCCCCCACUAUUAUUGUGUUACUGUCAAUUUCCUCUUUUAUAGCUGUUAGCAGUUGCCUUAUGUAUUGAGGUGCUCCUACGUUGGGUGCAUAUAUAUUUAUAAUUGUUAUAUGUUCUUCUUGGAUUGAUCCCUUGAUCAUUAUGCAGUGGCCUUCCUUGUCUCUUGUAACAUUCUUUAUUUUAAAGUCUAUUUUAGCUGACAUGAGUAUUGCUACUGCAGCUUUCUUUUGAUUUCCAUUUGCAUGGAGUAUCUUUUUGCAUUGCCUCACUUUCAGUCUGUAUGUGUCUCUAGGUCUGAAAUGGGUCUCUUGUAGACAGCAUAUAUAUGGGUCUUGUUUUUGUAUCCAUUCAGCAAGCCUGUGUCUUUUGGUUGGAGCAUUUAAUCCAUUCACGUUUAAGGUAAUUAUCAAUAUGUAUGUUCCUAUUACCAUUUUCUUAAUUGUUAUGGGUUUGUUUUUGUAGGUCCUUUUCUUCUCUUGUGUUUCCCACUUAGAGAAUUUCCUUUAGCAUUUGUAGAGCUGCUUUGUUGCUGCUGAAUUCUCUUUGCUUUUGCUUGUCUGUAAAACUUUUGAUUUCUCUGUUGAAUCUGAAUGAGAUCCUUGCUUGGUAGAGUAAUCUUGAUUGUAGGUUCUUCCCUUUCAUCACUUUAAAUAUAUCAUGCCACUCCCUUCUGGCUUAUAGAGUUUCCUCUGAGAAAUCAGCUGUUAACCUUAUGGGAGUUCCCUUGUAUGUUGUUUGUCGUUUUUCCCUUGUUGCUUUCAGUAGUUUUUCUUUGUUUUUGUCAGUUUGAUUACUAUGUGUCUUGGUGUGUUUCUCCUGUAUGGGACUCUGCACUUCCUGGACUUGGGUGGCUAUUUCCUCUCCUGUGUUAGGGAAUUUUUCAACUAUAAUCUCUUCAAAUAUUUUCUUGGGUCCUUUCUCUCUCUCCUUCUUCUGGGACCCCUAUAAUGCGAAUGUUGUUGUGGUUAAUCUUGUCCCAGAGGUCUCUUAGGCUGUCUUCAUUUCUUCUCAUUCUUUUUUCUUUAUUCUGUUCUGUGGCAGUGAAUUCCACUAUUCUGUCUUCUAGGUCACUUAUCUGUUGUUUUUUUACUCAGUUAUUCUGCUAUUGAUUCCUUCUAGUGUAUUUUUCAUUUUAGUUUUUGUAUUGUUCAUCUUUGUUUGUUCUUUAAUUCUUCUAGGUGUUUGUUCUUUAAUUCUUCUAGGUCUUUGUUAAACAUUUCUUCCAUCUUCUUGAUCUUUGCCUCCAUUCUUUUUCUGAGGUCCUGGAUCAUCUUCACUAUCAUUAUUCUGAAUUCUUUUUCUGGAAGGUUGCCUAUCUCCAUUUAUUUGUUUUUCUGGUUUUUUAUCUUGUUCCUUCAUCUGGUACAAAUUCCUCUGCCUUUUCAUUUUGUCUGUCUUUCUGUGAAUGUGGUUUUCCUUCCACAGGCUGCAGGAUUGUAGUUCUUCUUGCUUCUGCUCUCUGCCCUCUGGUGGAUGAGGCUUGUGCAAGCUUCCUGAUGGUAGGGAUUGGUAGUGGGUAGAGCUGGGUGUUGCUCUGGUGUGCAGAGCUCAGGAAAACUUUAAUCUGCUCCUCUGCUGAUGAGUGGGGCUGGGUUCCCUCCCUGUUGGUUGUUUGGCUUGAGGCGACCCAGCACUGGAACCUACCCUGCUCUUUGGUGGGGCUAAUGGCAGAUUCUGGGAGGGCUCACGCCAAGGAGUACUUCCAGAACUUCAGCUGCCAGUGUCCUUGUCCCCACGGUGAGCCACAGCCACCCCCGCCUCUGCAGGAAACCCUCCAACACUAGCAGGUAGGUCUGGUUCAGUCUCCCCUGGGGUCACUGCUCCUUCCCCUGGGUCCCGAUGUGCACAUUGUUUUGUGUGUGCCCUUCCAAGAGUGGAGUCUCUGUUUCCCCCAGUCCUGUCGAAGUCCUGCAAUCAAAUCCUGGUAGCCUUCAGAGCAUGAUUCUCUUGGAAUUUCUCCUCCCGUUGCCGGACCCCCAGGUUGGGAAGCCUGACGUGGGGCUCUGAACCUUCACUCCAGUGGGUGGACUUCUGUGGUAUAAGUGUUCCCCAGUUUGUGAGUCACCCACCCAGCAGUUAUGGGAUUUGAUUUGAUUGUGAUUGUGCCCCUCCUACCGUCUCACUGUGGCUUCUCCUUUGUAUUUGGAUGUGGGGUAUCUUUUUUGAUGAGUUCCAGUGUCUUCCUGUCAAUGAUCGUUCAGCAGUUAGUUGUGAUUCCAGUGCUCUCACAAGAGGGUGUGAGCGCACAUCCUUCUACUCCGCCAUCUUGAACCAAUCUCUCCUCUUCAGUUCUUAUAAAUAAAAAAAAUUAUUUCUGUAAAGUUUAAAUGGGUACUAAAACUAACUAGGCAUAAUCCAUUACAGAAAAGGAAGGGAGUAUGAACCAAAGUAAACUCAAAAAAUUUUGAGUGAAUGGUGAAUGCAAAAAAAGAAAAGAGACUUAAAAUCUAACAACCCAUAGAUUUUUAACAGGGAGAGGUCAUCUUAGGUACUAUGUUCAUUGCUUUAGGGUCAUUUGAAAAUAUUUUGAUAUUGGAAUACUAAAGAGAUUCACUUUCCUAGUAUAGAUACACUUACAAAUACUUCAUUACGUUUAUAAAAAUUUGAGUACUAGUAGCUAUGGGAUCUGGGACAGAUCGACCAACCUGAUUUCAACUUCUUCAGUUUAUAUAUGUGUAUAACUGAGAAUUGAGGCAAAAGGAUUAUCCAGUCCCUUCUUGCUGUGCCAUUCUAAGAUUUAUAAAAUUAAAUUAAGUGGGUAAAUAUAGCCCUCUAGUGGUUCUAUUAUAUGCUUACACUGUUAACUUUGGUGCAUCUAGCAUUUCUGUAAAGUUACUGAUUUUUAGAAAUUCAGUAUUGAGAAGAAUAAGAUUUUUAUAUUACAUGGCAUAAAGAAUAUGAGGAAAAAAGGUAUAGGGAUAUAUUAUUCUAACAAUAAAUGUUCAUAUUAGAUUGUCACCCACUUAUGUUACCCACUUUUGGAGUUAUAACAAUAUAAUCCAGAAUAUUAGAAUUGCCCAGUACUUUACAAGAUGAAUUAUUGAAUCUAGAUACUUUGCUGGUGCAUGCUAUGAUUAUUACCAGAUUAACUACUUGUGCAUAUGAAAGUGUAGGGUAAAUGAACUGAAGUGAAUUGUAAAGUAGAUCAUGCUAUAUUCAUGCUUUAUUGACCUGGAAUUUAUGGUAUGGCUUUCGGGGAAAACAAAUUACAGAAUGAUUUUAUAUAUACAUAGCUCCCCAUUUUUUGAAAAGAAUGAAAAAAAAAGUGGAAGAAACCUCAAACAGUUGUAUAAAUACAUGUUUCUGUAAGCAAAGAAAAGCAGAAUAUACACCGAACAAUAUUAUUACCAUUAGGGGAGUAAAAUUUGGAAGGAUGGGGGAGAUUACUUCUUUACUUAACUCUAAUGAUUUAAAUUGUUAUGGAAAAAACAAAAGGAAUUGAAAUGGAAAACUUGAAAGGGUCAAACAAAACAGGGACCUUAAUCUGAAUCGUUUUAGAGCAGUAAGUCUGGCUCUUAAUUUUGAAACUGAUUUCCUGCAGAAAUCAGUUAGGUCAGGUCCUGAUCUGAUUUUCUGAGUUUGUUUAUUGUUUAAAUGGGAUGUGUGCACUUGAUAAUCUCCUUGCAUAUAAAGCUGAUGCCCUAAUUGGUUAAAAUGUGUGUUGCUCAUUAUUUCUCUUUAUUUUGCUAAUAAGCUUUUCCCUUGUUCUGGGAAUUAAAAAUCCUUUCCUCUUUAGCCCAAUUAAAUUUGUUAAGGGAGGGCCUCUAUGAAAAGGCCCUUCUUUGAGGUCUUUAAGUGGAAAUGAUUGGUUCUGAAAAUUCUUCCCUAGGUGGCUUUUGAAACAUUUCAUAGAUAUUGAAGGCCCAUUAUGAAGGCUAUCUUGAUAUCUUCCCUCCAAAAUGCUAAGGAAUAAUUUAGGCAACAGUUCAGACUCAAAGAAUGAAGACGGCUCGACCUUUUCACAGACUGAACACAAUAUUGUUGCAGCUUACUUGAUUACGGCAGGUAUGAUAAGUGUUCUCAGCAACAUAAUAGUUCUUGGCAUCUUCAUUAAGUACAAGGAGCUUCGGACACCCACAAAUGCAAUUAUCAUUAACUUGGCUGUUACUGAUAUAGGGGUCAGUAGCAUUGGCUACCCCAUGUCUGCUGCUUCAGAUCUGCAUGGAAGUUGGAAGUUUGGAUAUGCAGGAUGUCAGAUUUAUGCUGGAUUGAAUAUCUUUUUUGGAAUGGCAAGUAUUGGAUUGCUCACAGUUGUGGCUGUGGAUCGAUACCUGACCAUCUGCUGUCCUGAAGCAGGAAGAAGAAUGACCACCAACACUUACGUCAGCAUGAUUCUGGGGGCCUGGUUCAAUGGCCUCUUUUGGGCUUUGAUGCCUAUUGUUGGGUGGGCUAGUUAUGCCCCAGAUCCUACUGGGGCCACCUGUACCAUAAACUGGCGGAAAAAUGAUGUAUCUUUUGUUUCUUACACCAUGAUGGUUGUUGCGAUAAAUUUUAUUGUGCCCUUGAUAAUGAUGUUUUACUGCUAUUACCAUGUCACUCGAUCCAUUAAAAAUCAUGCUACUAGUAACUGCACUGAGUAUCUCAACAGAGAUUGGUCAGAUCAGGUAGAUGUAACAAAGAUGUCUGUGAUAAUGAUACUCAUGUUUCUGGUGGCGUGGUCCCCUUAUUCCAUCGUGUGCUUAUGGGCUUCUUUUGGUGACCCGAAGAAGAUUCCUCCCUCAGUGGCCAUCCUAGCUCCACUGUUUGCAAAAUCUUCUACAUUCUACAAUCCCUGUAUUUAUGUGAUUGCUAAUAAAAAGUUCCGGAGGGCAAUGCUUGCCAUGUUCAAAUGUCAGACUCAUCAAGCAAUGCCCGUGGAGAGUAUCUUACCAAUGGAUGUACCCCAAAACCCACUGACUUCUGGAAAAGUCUGAAAUAAGAGGAAAGCACACAUUAUCA